CACCACCACCACAACAACAACAAGGAAACAAAGAACAAAAGAUUCAAACUUUGAUCAAAGAAAACAAAAAUGUUGGCAAUAUUUCAGAAGGCUUUCGCUCACCCACCGGAAGAGCUCAACAGCCCGGCGUCUCACUCCUCCGGCAAAUACCCAAAACUCCCCGGAGAAACCCUCUCCGACUUCCUCUCUCUCCACAAAGACACAGCUUUCUCCAUGACCUUCGGCGACUCCGCCGUAUUAGCCUACUCCCGUCCCAUCACCCCUCUUCGCCAGAGGCUGUUCUGCGGUGUAGACGGCAUCUACUGUACCUUUCUCGGCGCGUUAACCAAUCUCUGCACGUUGAACCGCCAGUACGGACUCGCGGGGAAGAACACGAGCGAAGCCAUGUUCGUGAUCGAAGCUUACCGAACACUGCGUGACCGCGGUCCUUACCCUGCUGAUCAAGUCCUCAGGGGGUUAGAAGGAAGCUUCGCCUUCGUUGUCUACGAUACUCAGACCUCCUCUGUUUUCUCGGCUCUGAGCUCUGAUGGAGGAGAGAGUCUUUACUGGGGGAUCUCUGGCGAUGGAUCUGUUGUGAUGUCUGAUGAUGUGAAGAUUAUAAAGCAAGGAUGUGCUAAAUCGUUUGCUCCUUUCCCUACUGGGUGUAUGUUUCACAGUGAGACGGGGCUUAAGAGCUUUGAACAUCCGAUGAACGAGAUGAAGGCGAUGCCGAGGAUUGAUAGUGAAGGUGUGUUAUGUGGAGCUAAUUUCAAAGUGGAUGCUUGUUCUAAGGUUAAUGGCAUUCCUAGGAGAGGAAGUGAAGCUAACUGGGCUCUUGCUAAUUCUCGUUAAUUUCUUUUAUUUUAAACUCUUUGAGUUGUUACUUCUUCUGCUGUCUUGUUGCAUUAUCCGUUUACUUACUUUCUUUUAUGUAAUUAGAGGGCCUUUGAUGCCAUAUCAAUAAAGAAACUAAAUUGCAUCUUA